AUGAACCAAACACCAGGAGUAAAUGUCGUAGGAACUCGAGCAACCGGCUCUUAUCCCACAGCCUGCGUCUGCUGGAAUUGCCAAAAACAAGUUGUUACCCGAGUGGAAAAGAAAAAUGGUCUUUUAACAUGGCUUAUUUGUGGAGGCACAUGUUUAGUCGGUUGUUUUUUCGGUUGUUGUCUGAUCCCAUUCUGCGUUGAUGCAUGCAAGGAUACAGUUCACAUUUGCCCAAAUUGUUCCAAUGUACUUGGCGAACAAAAAUUGAUUUGA